UAGCUUUAACAUGAUCAAGUCUCACUUGCUGCUUGCGGAACUGAGCGGCUGUGUUGUAACUACCUCUCAAACACAAUCAUCCCCUCCUGGACAGAAUAACAGCAAUGUCCACUCGGAUCUUUAUAGAGGAGGCAAUGAGAAGCCCUUUUCUCCAGCUGGAAGUGAAGGCGAUGGACUAUGGAGCUGCAGUGGAGUGAUAUUAGACCGGGGCACAGGGAUUGUCAUCUGUCAAGCAGCUGUGUUUUUUCCUUUCUUGAAGGAAAGGGAUCGCCCUUUUUCUUCCUCUGAUCAUACCGUGCUCUCAGCAGACAACUUCCCAUCAGAUUUAUUGAUUCAAGUUGAAUGCUGGUCUAAACCAAAGAUAGAUGCAGAACAGGAAACCCACUUUAACCAUCAGGUGUUGGACCAGAGGUCUGGACUUGGCCUAGUCCCCGUGUCAAAGCCACAAAGCCAGCGAACGCAGCACACUGCUGAACUUCUUAUGCUUUUACCGUGUCCUGAGUUUCAAUUGGCCUUUUCUAGAUUAUUCAGGAAAGAAGACAGUUGGGUGUUUUCCAGUGAAGAAGAAAAAGAAUAUGGAGAGUUCCAGAAGGAUCUGGAGUACCUUCAUUGGUUUGCUGUUUUGAAGCUGCAAAGCCCACUUCGCCAAGCAAAGAGCAGAAUGGACAUCAUGAAAUCCUCUGGACUAGUUAAAGGCAGUGCAGUGUUUGCAUGCAGCUCUCCAUUCGGCUCCUUUUACCCUGACAUCUUCCUGAACACCGUUAGUAAAGGAGUCUUAAGCAACACCGCCGGAGAUGGAAACGUUGUAAUGCUUACUGAUGCCCGUUGUCUACCAGGGUCAGAAGGAGGGGGCGUAUUCUUAUUUGAAAAUGGACGUUUGCAUUUGGUAGGAAUAAUAGUGACCCCGCUGUGCUGGAAGGCUAAUGAAUGGGUAGGAUUGACUCUGGCGUGUUCUAUAAGCCAUAUCAUUGAUAACAUUAUAAAGGCUCUUGGCAAGGCAGAUAUCCCUAUGAAAAAGGAAUUGGCAGCAUUGGAGAUGGGACACUGCAUUGUGGACAAACCUAAGAGAGGUGCAAGACCUUUAGAACAUCUGAUGGCAGUUGCGGUUCUAGUGGAUUCGGGCCAGUCAUGGGGAUCGGGGGUUCUGUUGAAACCAAAACUAGUGCUGACCUGCCGACAUGUGGUGAGAGAUUCAUCCAAGGUCUCUGUGAAGAUCCAGAAUGAUAAAAUGACAAGUGGAGAUCACUAUGCUUUUAAAAGGUUUCAUGCUGUCAGGGGCAACGUGGUGUUUUCAACGCACGAAUCCUCUCCCUUUGACAUUGCCGUCAUACAACUGGAAGAAGAUAUCCCUGGUAUACCUGAACCGGUUUUGGCAUCUGGCUACUGUACAGGAGAGGAUGUUUGCAUUGUUGGGUUUGGGGCACUGGGAGAACGCAGCGGCCCAUCUGUGACAUCUGGAGUCCUGUCAUCAGUCAUAUCUGUUGGUGAUGUCCCAGUCAUGUUGCAGACAUCAUGUGCCGUCCAUGGAGGUUCCAGCGGAGGACCUUUGUUUGCUGUUCAGUCUGGAGAACUACUAGGGAUUGUUGCAAGUAACACAAGAGAUAACAGUACAGGGGCAACAUACCCCCAUUUAAAUUUCAGUAUCCCUGUCACCAUUCUGCAAGCAGCAUUAGACAGAUAUAUAGAAUUUGGGGAUUUGCGGAGCUUGGGAGAGCUUAAUAAGGCUGGGCUUGCAGUGCGAGAUGUGUGGCGACUACAGAGAUCUCCUGAAAAUGUUUUCCAGAGCAAGUUAUGAUGAAUUUAAACAGAAGCACCACUCAGCAGUGGACACCCGCCCAUCCUUGUAAGUGUCACAGGAGUUAAAGAAGGGCCGGAU